UGUGUGUGUGUGUGUGUGUGUGUGUAAGAGGUUUAGCAGAGUUAUUACAGGUUCAUAAUAAAAUGUCUGAGUUUAAUUAAAUCUGUCUCUCUCUACAUACACACACACACACACACACACACACACACACACACACACACAAACACACACACAUAGGGGAAGGCUCACUCAUCGGGGCAAACUACCAAGCUCCACUCUUCCUGUUUCUGACAGUAGAGUGCAUGUCAUGUUAUCUAUGACACACACACACACAUGCGGCUAUAACUCAGGAAGCACUGACAGCAAUCUGCAAUCAACACCGAGAGACUGAAAGAGUUGAGAAGAGAAAAUAACUUUUACCGCCGUUUCUCUAAUUACAAGAUGUUUCUCAAAUUAGAAUAUUUAGAAAACAAGUAGGAGAAGCAGAAGGAAUAAACACCAAAGAAUAAAAAGAAAGAAAACCUGGAAAAGACAAGGAAGGGGUGAAGAAGAACAAAAUGGGAAAUUAAAUUGCAACUGGAAGGAAAAAAUACUGAGGAAGUGGAACCAAAACAGAAAAAUAGGGAGGGAUGAGGGACUGAAGUCACGUGGGGGAGGAGGAAGAGGGGAGGGAGGGAGGAGUAACGGCAAGUGCAGGAGAGUCGAAGAAGGAGCAGAGAGAGCAGCAACACUAGAAAAGAGGAGAAGAAGCAGAAGGAGGAGGAAAAGUCAGAGAAGAAGAAGGCUUUUUAAAAAAAACAUCCUGAUUGUUCGGAGUACCUGAGGGCCGCACACACACACACACACACACACACACACACACACUCACCUACACACACACACACAUUCCUGACUGAUGCUCCUGCUGGAUGGACCGACACCUACUCCACCUCCAGCUCUGCACAUUGAAGACCAACCUCUGCGACCAGACAUGCAUUACGUGGGCGACCACACGUGGGCGACCAUGUUGGGUCAGAGUGUGCGGUUGCAGCCGGUGCCCAUCCAGAGCCUGUCGGAGCUGGAGCGGGCCAGGCUACAGGAGGUGGCCCUGUACCACCUGGAGGAGAGGGACCUGGACUUCAAGAUCAGCAUCCCGAGAGAAAUACACAAACGGCGAAAAUCUCUACGCAGGAAGUUUGACUCCUUCUCAAAGGAAAAGAAAGAGCGAGAAUCUGCCGCCAAGGCGUUCGGCAUCCCCCUCUCCCAGGUCAUCGCCAACGACCGGGCCUACAAGCUGCGGCAGGACGCCCUGAAGGAGAGCAGGCGAGACUGUCUGGACCUGGAGGCCAGCGUCCUGCGCUUCAGGGCCGAGAAGAGGCAGUUCUUCAACGGGAACAAGCCGCCGGUCGGCUCCCCCUCCAUCACGGGAGGAGGUCCCGGCUCACCGGCGCCAGUUACCGAGACCCAGAACAACCCGCUGUCGCCAACGUUUCUGGACAACACGGGGCGAGGACAGAGGAGGGGCGGUCUGUCGGUGGACUCCAUCUCCGACCUCGUCGAGAGUCAGUCUCGCCUGCUGGAGGCGCUGCAGCUCUCUCACCCGGCCGAGCUGGAGCUCAUGAAGUCGCCGGGCGGCGGCGGGUCGUCGGAGGGGAGGACCCAGACCAAGCUCAGCCUCAACCCCAUCUACAAACAGGUGCCCCGGGUCCUGGAGAGGUGCUGCAGUCACAUCAAGACCUACGGUCUUCAGACGGUGGGGAUUUUCCGAGUUGGGAGCUCUAAGAAGAGAGUGAGACAGCUGCUGGAGGACUUCGAUAGGGGGGUGGACGUCCAGCUGGACGAGGAGCACAGCGUCCACGACGUGGCGGCGCUGCUCAAAGAGUUCCUCAGAGACAUUCCUGACCCUCUGCUGCCCAGAGAGCUCUACCCCGCCUUCCUGCACGCCAACCUGCUGAGGGGAGCAGACCAGCUCCAGUACCUGCAGCACCUCCUCUACCUGCUGCCUCCCUGUAACUGUGACACCCUGCUGCGCCUCCUCAGCCUGCUGCACACCGUGCAGAGCUUCGCCCAGGACAGCGUGGGAACCAACGACGAGGAGAUCCCCGGUAACAAGAUGACGGCAGCGAACCUGGCGGUGAUCUUUGGUCCCAACCUGCUGCAGAAGGAGCGAGGAGGAGACCCGAGUCCUCAUGCGAUGGGGAUCGAGGACAGCACGGCCAUCAUCGGCGUGACCCUGCUGCUCAUACAGAACCACAGGAGGCUCUUCAUGGUGUCUGCAGAGCUGCAGCAGGAGGUCCUGAUGAGCCUGAUCCAGACGGACCCGGACAUCAUCGACUAUCUGCUGCGGAGGAAACUCAGCGGCAGUCACCUGACGGUGGAGAGCGGCAGUGAGUCGGGGGGUCGUCGGGACACGGGGGCCUCUCUGGACUCCGUCGGGGCCUCCAGCGGGAGUUUGUCUCCGCUGGAGCCGCCGUCACCGCUUUUCCCACCGGACGGCAACGGCGGCGAUGGCAGCCUGACCAGCGAGGUGUUCCUCAACGUUCUCAAACUGAACCAGAACAGGAAGCGCCAGGAGACCAGAUACGGCGAGGCCCCUUCAGGUAAAUCCAUCCGCCACAUGCGUCAGUUCCACUCCCACCACAACCUGCUCAGCCUGGCCCAGCCCUCCUCGUCCUCCGGCCCCAGACUCAGCCAGGACCACGACGCCCAGGACCGCAGGGGCCCGCCGGGCUUCACGCUGGGCGGCGUCGGCGGCAGCUGCUCCAGUCUGAGCGGCUCGACGGACAGCAGCAUCUGGGUGAGACAGACGCCGCAGGACGACGGCAAACCGGCCUCCAACUUCUGGGACUUUUUCACCGGGAAAGGGUCGAGCUCGGAGACGGUGGUGUGAUGACGGGCGAGGAAAAGGGGAGAUAAGAAGGAAAGUUGUGUGGGUGUUUUGUGUGUUUUUGAGGUCAGAAUUCCCCCCAAAAAUGUGCCCAACGUCCUGUUACAUUUACAGCAGACUACUGUUGAUUUAAAACAAAGGUUAAGUGUCUUCCUAAGAUUAUAAACACUCUGCAGCUCUACAAUCUAAAAUUCUUGAAUCCUAAAAUUCCUACCUGAACUUUAAAGGCGGCACGUUUGGAAUUUCCAACUUUUCAGGCAUCCCUGGAACGCAGCAUGUGCAUGAAUGUGUGUGUGUGCGUUUGUUUUAAAGACUUUUUGGAUUUGUGUCGGAAGAAAGUGUUUAAACUUUCAAGCACAACUGGGACAUCAGCACACGAAGAAGAGAAUAAUAACUGUUUCUGAGAUGAAAUGAAAGUGGACGCAGUAAUCAUUGAGAUGUACAUAAUGUGUACUUAAUGUGUACUUAAUGUCAUGUUACACACACAACCCUGAAUACGUACAGUAGAACUGCAUCACUCUGUGUAGCUGCACUUCUUCAUCUACUCCAGACCAGACUCCUCCUGUUGUUUACCAAUAACCUGCAAUAAGCUGCAUUAACUGUAAAUAUAAUCUACAAUACUGUCAAACAUUGAAGUAUAACUCCUGACGGCAUCUCAGCAGAAAAUAAACAAAUAUAUCACAGCCAGAACCUUUCUUUACCUUCAUUUUUGCUUCUAUGUUUCAUCUGCGCAUUUGUCAACUCUCAAAGUGAACUUUUAUCACCAUGAAGUUAAAUACCAUAAAUCAUGCUAAACGUCCUGUCUGUUACGUCCUGCUCAUUCAACCGUUGCUCUGCUGUAUUUUAAGGAGCUCUGCAGUAAGUCGUCGUGACACAUUCACCUCUAGACAUGUGCAGUUAGGAGGAUCCAGACACAGCAGCGAUGAUGGAAACACUUUCUUACUGGAAUCUGUAAUAAAUCACCCAAACAUACAGAUGUUCAGCAGCUGCACUGCGGGUCACAUAGCGGUGCGCACAGACAUCAGCACGUUCCGCUGCGCACUGAUUUGGUGAUUCGCAACGACAAUAGAAUUAAAACUGGGCCACAGUUGGUGGAUAAGUUCACGUUUCAUGUG